AAAGGAAUUGAUUAGUGCAAUAAACAUUCUAGCAUCGCAAACGAGAAAUCAUCAUUAAGCAACUCUCCUUCCUUCUCUCGUUUAAAUCAGUUUAACGCUUAAAGCUGUCUACUCAUCGGUUAUAAUGUGAUAUUAUGAUCAAAAGACUUCAUGAAACAUAACGAAACAGACAAAAAAAAGAGAAUCGUGAGAAAAAAAUUAUGUAAACGAAGGUCAAUUAAAUUCUAGCAAAACGACAAUCGGUGCCUGAAGUCUUUCUAAUAACAAGGAAACUUUUAUUACAAUCCAAUGGGCUGGAAGAGAUGGAAAAGACAGCAGCACAAUAAAACGAACUUUUAAAUGACAUCAUAAAUUUGGUGAACAAAAGGAAAAAGCGCUUUU